AUGGUUUGGAGAAUGUUGAAACUGAAAUGCUCUUUAUUCAAUUUGGCACUCUUCUCAAAAUGUGGUUGUAUUCACAAUACCAGUUUCUUGCCAAAAACUAGGUAAAGUUUUUACUGUGCAAUGUAUUUAUUAGCUAAAAUUAGUAAAAUAUUAUAUUUUAUAUAAUAUUUUAGGCUAUACAGCAAUAACUAUAGUUUAAAGAUCAGUGACGUAACUUUGUUCCAAAGACCCUGAAUUAAAACGGGAAAAGAUCCGCUGGUCUUACCAAUUGAAAGUGGCGAGAGGUGAACUAUGACAACUCAACUACACCACUUAAUUGCAAUUCUUGCUCAUAUAAAUGUGGUCCUUAGCCCCGUUAUGUAUGGUCAAAUUCAAUCGCGAUCACCUUCCCCCCAGCAACACCCACGGAAUUUGACUAAUUUUGAAAAAAAUAAGUUGUCAAGUGCAUGUCCGAACAAGCUGAAACCACAUUCAAUUGUGGUGUGUGGCAAUUCUGCAAGGCAAUUCUGCAAACAUUCUAAAAGUCUACAAAUGUUUAUAUUUAAAGGUGAUGUAAAGUCCGUAAUGUAAACAAACGCUUUGUUUACAUUUUGAACUCAGUGCUACAGUUGUAAAAUAUGAUUAAAUAUAUAUUAUACUGAAUUUUUAACACUCUUACAGUUCGCUAUGCUUGUAAAUGAAUGCAGACUAGAGAUUCAAUUCAAGAAAGUUUGGAAGGUGCGAAAUAUUAACAACAUUCCAAAGGUUGCUCCCCCACUGAUGGAAUGUGUUGAUGCGCAGAAUAUAUGUGCAGAACGGACUUUACAGCAUCUUUAAUACAAAUAUCAAAGACAUAUUUGUUCACUAUAUAAUAUAUAAAACCUCAAACGCAAGAUUAAAAAGAAUGAAAAAUAGGCCAUUCAGUUCUUCUCUUUGUUAUUGAUAUUGAUAUGUGUGGUUCAGAAGCAAUUUUUAAACUAUGAUAAUCGAAAAAAUGAAAAGUAGAAAACUCCCAAAGUGCUAGAGUAUACACAUGUUUUUAGGGACAACUGUUGAGCAAUUUGUUGUCAAGUGGUUAAAUUUAUGCCCGAUGGGGUGGAAUAAAACGUGACUGCUCAAUUUUCCUUGCAAAAGGAAAUUUUGGUCUUUGCAAGGAAAUAAAAGUUACAAGGAAAUGGCAAGGAAUUUUGUUGUCAGGAAGGAAAUAAGAAAUUACUUUAUUUCUAAUAAAUUGUAAGAUUACAGCAAUUUCCAGGCAAAUUCGCAUCAGAAAAUGUGGAGAAUCCUGUCCUGGGGUUCAAUGGAAAAUCUGAAGAAUUUCUGAGGGCAAAAACAUGCCAACCUAAAUCUGACCUAUAGGUCGGCACAUCUCGACAUUUUUUUAAAAUCUGUUUCCAUGUCUUGGAGCAAUCAGUAAUCACAUAUCUACGAACCAUUGAAAUCGGAAUAUAAAGCAUGCUGGGUUUUUUCGGAAACACAAACUACAUUAACAUGGUGGCUUUUCUUUUGGAGUCUUACUUUAAAAUUAUAUAUAAAAUACCCAUCAAUUUUUAGACCUUACACCAUAGUGUGUUUAGUUAAUCGAACUACAAAUCAAAUUCUAUAAUCGCUGACUUUUUACUGUCGUUCCAAUUGAAGUGUUCCUCAAAUAUUGAUUCAAUACAUUAGACACAUUACCUCAGGCUGACAAAUUCAUUUCAUCAAGUUCCUCGAGAUAUUCAUACACUUCCUGUGAAAGAGCCAAUUCCAAGAAUUUGAUCAUUUCUGGUCACUUCCUUUCUAUUUAUGAUUGGUUAGUUGCACAAACAACAAAGGUGAUUGGUGUAUUCAAACUAUUCAACAGGAAGUUUACAAUUAUACUAGGAAGUGUAUGAAUAUUUCGAGGAACUUGAUCAAAUGAAUUGGUCAGCCCGAGGUAAUGUAUUGAAUCAAUAUUUGAGGAACACUUCAAUUGGAACGACAGUAACAGCUAUCAGCACCAAAAAAAUUCUUACUUUGGCUGAAUUAGGUCAGCAAAAGUUUGCCGACCUUGGAAGUUGAUAGGUCAGCAUUUAUGUCGGCAUUGCCAAAUGCCGACCUUGUUUUCGACGGCUGGUAAUCUUAGUUUUAAAUUAGGUAAAAUUUAUCAACUUUAGUGCAAUGAAAUUUUGUCAAAAAUAGGGAAAUUUUGAGCAAUUUAAUAAGAAGGAAUUUUUUUUUGAGAGUGGAAACACUGGGAAUAAAUUUGUUUCUGUCAAAUUCCUGCCAAUACGGAGCUAAUCUUAAGUCAAAUGCCCUGGGGUUCCCCAAGGGGAUGAUCGCGGUUCAUGGAUUUGACUCAUACUGUACAAUACUGACUUGGCUCUUCAUGUAAAGGCUAUUUUACAUGGUGCAAUUUUUCUUGCAACUUGCAAUGAAUGCAAUUCCACUCUUGAGAGAUGCUAAUUAGUGAAAUCAGUGAAGAAUUUUCAAUAUGUCGAGAAAACAUCAGCGAAGUGUAAUAAAGACUCGUAUUUGGCAAUUUUACAUCUCUAGUCAAGAGUAUAGAAUUGCAUUGCAAGUUGCAAGAAAAAUUGCACCGUGGAACAUGGCCUUAAUUGCGUGACUGUGGCCCUUAUUGACCGGCCUGGACCUGCAAAAACCAUUAAGUUCCUUAACUUAUUUCAAAAACUUCAAUAUUCUAGUAUUCACAAUAUCUAUGCCACCAGCGUAAAAAAUCAAGAACAUUUUAUGCCAUAGAUAUCCAGUUUAACAGCUACGGAUUCCAACCUGGAUUUAAAGGGGAAGUCAAGUCCGUUCUGCGCAUCGGUUCUGCUCAUAACAAUGUGAGGACCUCUAAUGUGAACAUUGUCCAAAUUUCGAAUGUUUCGCAUUUUUCUGAACAUAAACUCUAUUUCAUAUUCAUUUAGAAGCAUAUAGCGAACCAAAGUGGUGUCAGAUAUUCAGACAGUACAUCAUAUUUUAAAAAAUACAGCAGUUCAAAAUGUAAACAAACCAUUUGUUUACAUUACAGACUUGACUUCCCCUUUAAGGCCUGAUGAAAUGUUAGGAUGUGUGAUCAUCAGAGUACUUAAAGGAUACUCUGGCAAUAAAAAGUAGUUUGUCCCAUACGUUAAGUCCCAGUUGAAGCAGUCUGUAUGCGUUAUUAAUUAUUAUAUAACAAUCUAAACUUUAAGUAAACUAGGUAAACUAGAACAACACUAGUGAAAAACAUCCAAACACAACUAUGUCCAAACCCACAUGGGUUCCUGUCUAGUUCGUGAGAAGUCUGGCGACUAAUGUCUAUUUACAUAACAUCUCCCUUUCUUAAGAGAUUUAAGAUUUCCUGUUAUAAGAGUUACUGUGAUAAUUAUAUUGCGUUUUAAUGGUUCUCAUAACUUAGAAGUCUAUUUUGUUUCUCUUGUUUUCUGCGUUAUGAAAGGAUAUACAGUAGUCUCUCAUGCAGUCGCGCCGGCUGUUGUCUUUCUCUUCUUGGUCGAUCGAUUCCUUCGUUUUCUGCUGGUCUAACUUGCUCGACCUCACCAUCUGCCGUUUCUUCGUCUGUUUCACGAUCCCAAGUAGAUUCCUCCUCUUCUUUAUCGUUCUUAAGCUGCAAUGGAUAUUCCUCCGUUCCCACUAGGGAGUUUGCUGGGUUUUAGUUGACUCGCGUCACGACACAGUACUUCUCUUCCGUCCUUAAUCCGUCUGAUAGUGAUUGACGAUCCUUGAAUUUUUGUGAUGGUGUAAAAAGCUGGCUCGAAUGCUGUUGUCCAUUUAUUAGUCUUCUUCUGCUUCACCAGCACAUAGUCCUUCAAUGCGAACUUGUGUUUCUUUACAUUUCUUUUCUGGUGUGCCAUUCGUUUCUUGUACUCUUUGUCCCGCUUGUCAAUUUCCUUCAUUCUCUCUAUGAUCGGUCUUUCGCUGAGCAAAUUCCUCUGAAUUGAAAGGAGGUCCGUUGUCUGAAUCUACGCGUUGUGGGGUUCCAUGGUGCGCAAAAAUUCGUUUUAGGUUUGCUUGGGUUGGUUUAAAUGAGGUUGAGUAGGUGACUUCGAUUUCUGGGUAACGAGGUCGUUUGUCUAUUACCACUGCCGCGUAACUUAGUGCGAUUUAAGUCACGAUGGUUGCUGGCUCACGAUUCAAGACACUUCACACAUGGGACUGGUUUUGUUUUAAAUAUAUUUAUUAAGUACAGAUAUUUACACUUGUUUGGCGCACGUCGUUUUACAAUGAUGUAAGUUACAAUUACCCAACACGAUUCUCAACUCUCAAUUUGCGAUUCAACUAACACACACAUAACGCGUUCAACAUGACAAUAACCAAUCCAAAAGUCAAUAACCGAUCCCAAACAUCUAUACAGUACCAAUAAUCUACCCUAGCCUAUAUUUGUACUAAUAGAACAGGAAUACAUAUUUUCUCUACCACAAAUUUCCCUUACGUAAAUGGAACUCGUUUACUGCUAUUUUGUCUCUCUGGUGAAGCAUCUGGGGAUGUCUCCGAAGAUUCGUUGCAUUGUUUCAUCGAAUGCAUCUUGUGAUGUUUUGGCUCCAAAUUCUGGUCGUUUCGGGCGAUAAUUCCCCCAUGGGGUAGGAAAAGUGGCGACAGCUCGUGACCCUGGAUCGAGGGCAGGUUGAUGGUAACCUUUACGGGAGGUCCAUCUUGGUCCAAAUGCUGCAGUCAUGAAAUCUGUGGAUGAAAUCUUCAACAAUGGGUGUUUGGGAUACUCGGCUUUGUUCCAUGUAUUCAGUUGGGAACUCGGAGGUCGACACUUGCUCGGAUCAUAUGUGUGCCCAAUUCCUCCGUUGGAGUCUUUGCGAAUCUCGGUUUGGGUUGUAUCACCAGUGGGGAGCACCACGUCACUGGUUCAUCGUCAGGGACCUGUUCAAAUAUGUCCUCUUCCACUCCUUGUUGCAACCAUUCCUUCAGUGACUUUUGUAGGUGGUACGGUACAGGGCGAGGUUUCUGCGUUAUUGGUAUGGCCUCUGGUUGCAUGUGGAAUUGUCCAUAUAUUUCUCUGUUGUUCUUCUUAUCUGUGAUUUUGCCGAUUCCUUGAAAUAGAUGGUCGUACUUGGCAAUUAUCUUAUCCAUCUCCUGCUGUUCAGGCUGAUUUGUGGUUGAUUUCGCGGUCUUUGGCUUGUCAUUCUCUAUUCGCAUUGCAUUCGGGCUUGUCAAUCCUCCAUCCGAUUGUAGUUUCAGCAUUCCUAAUUCUAUCAGUGUAUCUUUACUGAGGAGUGGUGAUGAAUUUAUCCUCCCUUUCACGGCAAUAAAUGUUGCGGGCUUUCCACAGGUUUGAUUGCGGAUGAUGGUUUCAAACUUCCCUUUUACAUGGAGAGGAUGUUGCAGUGUGUUGAGUUUUAUCUGGCACUGUUCUAAUGUUGGUUUUUCAUUAGUUCGGUGUAAUAAUGCUUGGAAUUGAUGCUCAUCCAUCAGGUUAACCUCGGCUCCACUGUCUGGUUCCAUUCGAAUAUCGACAUCGUUUAAUCUUACAGUCACAGUUUGUUUACGUUUUUGUGUUCCUGCAAUUUUCUUGGCUUGAAAGCUGUUUAUAACCGCUUGUACAAAGUAGUCAUCGUCUGAACUGAUUGAUGAAUCUUAUUCAGUGGUCCGUUUGAUCUGCCCGCUUUGGUGGUUUUGUCCAGUGCGGGAAUCAACUCUCGGGUUGCCUGCUGAUCUGCAUACUGAGGAAAAAUUAUUUUCUUUAUUGCAUUUCCUACAUCUCUUUCCAAAGGCUGGGCAGUUGUCUCCUUUUCGAUGAUUGUACCCACAAUAUUGACAUUGAUGUGGCGUCGUGCUGCUUCUUUUUCGUCUCUCCUGUUUUGUGCGGUUUCUGGAAAAUCGGGGUUGGUAUUGUUUCCCCGGUGAUUGUAUUCUAUUAAUCUCUUUUGUCUCAUUUUGGCCUCUCUGUGCCUCUCGAUUAACUCUAGCUUUCACUUCCGCUUCCUGGGACGUUAUAUCAGAGACUUGUCGUUUUAUAUUUUCCAUUUGGGCUGCUACGAUAAUGAAUUGCGUUAAAUCCCAGGCUUUGUUGAUGGAUUUUUGUGUUAAUGUUUUGUUCUCUGAUGAUUUUUGAUGUCUGAAUGAUAUGCUCCACGUGGAGAUCUUGUCGUCGUGCGUGUCGCCGAAUUCGCAAUCAGUCGCUUUUUCUCGAAGUCUCGCUGCAUAAUUGCUCGUUGAUUCUCCUGGAUUUGGUCUUAGCUUCAGAAAUUGGCAUAAUGUUUGUCCUUUUUAGGAAAGUAAUGAUUUUUUAAUUUUGUUCGCAGUUUCUAAUAUGGAUUACCCGAUUCCGGGUUGGGCAAGCUCUUUUCUAAUUUAGCUACUUGUUUACCGCCGUAAAUGAUGAGUGCACUUUUUUAUCUACGGGGUCGGUGAUUUUAAAAUAUCUAAACUCGCGUUCAAUGCCCUCCAGCCAUUCUUCCCAAGCGUUCCCCGUAGCACACGGUUCUUCUGGGGCGGUAAAUGGCGGUGAACUUAAAUUUCUUGUCUUUGUAAUAGCGCAUACCGUCGUUGGUUUUGUCUCUUCGGCCAUCUCCGAUUCCUCGCCUGUUUUUAGCAAAAUAAACGUAUCUUUCUGACUUCGGAUUCAGUUUAUACCUCGUCGCCAAUGUUAAGUCCCAGUUGAAGCAGUUUGUAUAGUUUGUUAAUUAUUAUAACAAUCUAAACUUUAAGUAAACUAGGUAAACUAGAACAACACUAGUGAAAAACAUCCAAACAUGCACAACUAUGUCCAAAACCCACAUCCUGUCCAGUUCGUGAGAAUGUCUAAUUACAUAACACCAUUCAAAAGAAAUCUUAACAUUAUGUAUUAAACUCUAUUACCGGUUUGUCAUAUCUUAAGAGGAGAUUUUUUUGUAUGUUACGUAACACACGCUCAAAACUAAUGCGUAUAAUAUAUCACUUGAGGUUAUGACUAAAUUCAAAAUUUUUAUUUUUCGAUACGUUUCUCAAUCGGCAAACAAACUUAAAAGGUAUGUUUAGUGCUUUAUCUGUAAAAUAACGCUAAAAUGAAGAGAUUUUAGAUGAUACGCCAAAGAGAAAAUGAUGUCUGAAGUUCAGUAAGUUUUGCUUAUUUGGCUGUAAAUAUGGCGUCAAUUUUAAAGCAUCAUUGAUAAUUGUAUUUUAAUUGGCAAUUUUUAACUAUUAUUUUAUGUUUCUCAACCGGUAGAUGCAUUUAAAAAGUCAGCUAACUCUAUGAACUAGAGAAUAAAGCUAAAACAAAGUAAUUUUGAGAGGAACGUCAAAAAGAUUUUAGGUUUUGAACACUUUUCAUUGCAAAUACGUGACAUUGAAAAAAAUUGCCUCUUAAUAGUUCUCGAACUGACAUAUGCCACAUUAACUUUCCAUAAUCUUACUGUAGAUUUCUUUGUAUUGGUAUUUCAACAGAAAGUAAAAGACCACUUGAACAAAAUAAAG